AAAAUGAUUAUAGGCAUGUGCAUUUGGUUGGGAAUGGAUGGAUCUUCUGUUAGUGUUAUAGAAGCUUUUGGUUAUUGUUUGGGAUCUUGAGUUUGAAGCUAUGUUUUGUUCCGUUGUUGUUGCAUUUUUAAAGAGUUUGACUUUAAAGGGUCUGCCAAAUGAUGCUGGGAUAUUGCGCAAGGGCUUUGAGUUCUGGAUUAGUAUCAACCGGAACGAAUGAGAUUAAUGGUAUUAGCUAUCCCUUCUGAUGGCAUCUUUAAAACCAAGUUUUCUAGAUUUGUCUACUACCAAUCUCUAACGGAUUAGGGAUAAACAGACAGGAGCUUCUUGUUAAGUUGAGUGCAAGCGCGAUGCUGUGUGUUUGUUUUUCUUUCAUAAUGUUAUCUGAUUUUGAUCAAUUCCUGUUGUCAGUUUAAGAAAUUGGUCAGUCCGUCCAGCCUACCAGGGUUUAAGGCAACAUGAUGGUUGUGCAUUUUAUUUUUUCCUUUUGGAAAACUUUCACCUUGUUCAGGCUUUUGUGUUGUAAAAAUAAUCUUGCUUUUUGUUUGAGCUGUUGUAUGGCUUAUGGCUGACGGUCAUGUUUGCUUAUGGAAUUUGUCACGGUAUGUUGAUUGUGUUUGUAAUGAGAUUUAGGUUCAAAAAGUGGCCAGUUGUAAUUGAUUUUCUCGUUCUGCCAUGUGAUGUUGGGACAUUGCGCAAGGGCUUUGAGUUCCAUAAUAGUAUCACUGGGACAAAUGAAAUGGAUAUUAUCACGUAUCCCUUCUGAUGGCAGCUAUUGAUCAUCUCUUGGACACGGUUAUUAUAUUUUCAAAGACUUAAAUUUGGGCUUCUGUUUAAGUUAUGUCAGCUACAAAGUGUUGUUUUGAAUCUAAGAAAUGGGUGGUUAUAGGUUUUAAGGCAAAUGAUGUGUGUAGAAUUCGAAUACUCUUGCUUCCAAUUUAAGAUGUUAUAGUGGCUUAAAAUGCCUAUUUGCUUUUGUGUUUCUUUUGGCUGUUGGAUCUCCUUGGAUCUAUCUGUUUUCUUAGACUUCACAAACUGUCAAUUGUAGUCGAAAGCGUUAGUAUGCCAUAUGAUGAUGGGAAUUUGCGCGAGGGCUUUGAGUUCCACAAAGUAUCACUGGGACAGUUGAAAUGUAUAUUGUAACCUAUCCCUUCUGAUGGCAGCAUUGGUCAACUUUUGCAUAGAGCUAAUGUUUGGACAUUCACCCUCACUUUGUUUCACCCAUCUCAACCUGUACUGGACAUAGGGAUGAUAACAGUUUUCUCAUAUUUUGUAUACUUUAGUUAUCAGUGGGUGAGAAAGGGAAGGAGAAAGCUCCUUCUGUUAAUGGCUGAAUGUGAGCUUGACUACUGAUAGAAUAGGUAGACAACCCAGAAGGGUUGAUGAAGAGGAAGAAUUUAGGUGAUGGGAACACUGCUGGAUUUGGAACUGUGAAAAGGAGUUGAGAUCUUUAAUUCAAUGAAGCAUAUUGUGAAAAUUCUGACACUCUUGGUGGCCAUCUCUUCCAUAUGGAUUGGCCUCUUACAGACAUCUAUUAUUCCACGUAGUCAUACUUGGUUGCUCCCCAUAUAUUUUGUUGUGUCGCUAGGAUGCUAUGGCCUUCUAAUGGUUGGAGUUGGUCUGGUACAAUUUCCAACUUGUCCUCAAGAAGCAGUAUUGUUGCAGCAGGACGUAGUUGAGGCGAAGGAAUAUUUGAAGCAGAAAGGAAUUGAUGUCGGUGGUUGCGAUUGAUGUUCUGACCAGAGUUCUACUGUCCCAUUUUGAAUUUUAGAUAUAGUGGAAGACCCUUACAGAAUAUAUAUCAUCGAACUUCACUUACUGUAGCACUGACAUUGUGGUAGUCUUCAUAACAGUUGAUUGCUUCCAUGUGAAUGAAAAUUGUGAGGUUUUUCCAGACUAAACAAUGAGCGAAGGAAAAAUAUUCUGUACAUUUCAUCCUUGAUGUUCCUUGUAGAAAUCUGAGUUCUGUCAAGUGCCUCUCUUUUCCCUCUGAAUGUUCUAUAAUCAUGGUGACCCAUAUAAACCAAAUGGCCAGACAGAUGACCUUGUCUCUUAUUUUGCAUCCAGUUGUCAUGGAAGGUCUUCCUGAUCUUUGGUGGAUGCUAACAGCCACAUGAUGUGCUGGCUCCAUCAAGAGGUCAAUACAUCAUGG